AGGUGGUGAGUAUGACAAAUAUUAUACUGUUAGAUGUAUUUAAUCAAUGACGUUCAUAUCACCAAGUCAUUUUUCCACGUACCUGUUUUUUUUAAUAUAAUUUAUCGCGAAAUUAAUUACAUCUGCAUGACUUAAUCAGCCGUGUCCGAUUCAAGUUUCCGUACCAAAUGUUAAAUGCUCAGUGAUACAGACUAUUUUUCAGACAUUGAAGUGGUGAGUCUUGUAUAAAAGCACUUCCUGUACUGUCCGUGUGGAAGCACAGGCCGAGCUGCACACCUCUACGAACUACAGGUAUAGCUGGAGGGAAGUCACGUUUUGCCGGUAGUUACAUUGUCACACUUUCAAAUUAAAAGUCGCUAUUGUGUCAUAUUAUCGCAGUUAAAUCGUUCGCUGCUUCUUUAAAAUGUAAAUGUGAUCAGUGAAUGUUUACUCCACGUGUACGCUUCGUUGUUUGGGCAUUUUCUUAUUAAAAUUGUUAACAGUGAUGCUUCCGUAUAUUUAACGUUGAAAUACCGAACAGGAUGUUGUUUUUUGUAGUGACGCCAACUUGUUAAGUUACUGAAGUAGUUGGCAAAGACGGUGCGACGUAGUUUGAGGAAACAUCAUGUAGUUUAUUACAUACUGUCUACUGACUACAAUCAUACGUCUUUGUCUUCCCAUUAUAUGUAUUUAGUGGGAUAUUAUACAAUACUUAUAACCAAAAACGUCCAUUAUGUUUCUACGCGGGUCUAAAAAGCGACGGUCAAACCGCUCGCAGGAAGAAGAUGACCCAGACAGAGGCCAGCCCUGCAUACGCUGCGGAGACCAGUGUCCCGGCUUCCGUGUCCACGGCUGGAGGAAGAUCUGUGUGCACUGCAAGUGUGUGCGAGAAGAUCAUGCCGUGCGCUCGAUGCCAGGCCAGCUGGAAAAGAUGAUGACAAAGUUGGUGUCCGAUUUUCAGAGACACUCCAUCUCCGACGACGACUCGGGCUGCGCCUCUGAGGAGUAUGCAUGGGUUCCAUCUGGGCUCAAGCCUGAGCAGGUUUACCAGUAUUUCAGCUGCUUGCCAGAGGACAGGGUGCCGUAUGUGAAUAGCGCAGGGGAAAGAUACCGAAUCAAACAGUUGCUGCACCAACUUCCUGCCCACGACAGUGAGCCACAGUAUUGCAACUCUUUAAAGGAGGAGGAGAGGAAGGAGUUACGUUUGUUCAGCCAACAGAGGAAACGAGACAAUGUGGGCCGAGGCGUUGUCAGACUCUUCCCCGUCACCAUGACUGGCGCUGUCUGCAAGCAGUGUGGCAGAAAGAUCAAUGGCGGCGACAUUGCAGUGUUUGCCAAUCGGGCGGGAAACAGCAGUUGUUGGCACCCCCAGUGUUUCCAGUGUGCCUGCUGCAGUGAACUGUUGGUGGAUCUGAUCUACUUCUACCAAGAAGGACAGAUCUACUGCGGCCGGCAUCACGCCGAGAGACUCAAGCCCCGAUGUCAAGCUUGUGAUGAGAUCAUUUUUGCCGAUGAAUGUACAGAAGCGGAAGGAAGGUUCUGGCACAUGAAGCACUUCUGCUGUUUUGAAUGCGAGGCACCGCUGGGCGGUCAGCGUUACAUCAUGAGAGAGUGUCGCCCAUACUGCUGCUCAUGUUAUGAGUCCCUGUAUGCAGAGUAUUGUGAUACCUGUGGAGAACACAUUGGCAUCGACCAGAGCCAGAUGACAUACGAGGGUCAGCACUGGCACGCUGCCGAGUUUUGUUUCUGCUGCGCCCGAUGUCGACUACCUCUGCUGGGACGCCCCUUCCUCCCUCGCAGGGGGCUCAUUUUCUGCUCCAGGUCUUGUUCACUCGGAGAGGACACCAAUAACUCAGACUCUUGUGACUCGGCACUCCAGAGUAGACCACUUCCACACAGACGCUGCGGGGCAGCAGACAGGCUCCAGCAACUGCAGUGUGGUUCUCCAUUGCAACCAAUAGAGGGCGUUAAGCCUCUUAUAAGUCCUGCAAAAGACUGCAUAUAUACUGUAAUGGAAAACAGAGGUGUCAGCUGCUCGACUCCUGUUCAAAAUGGUAUUCCGUCAUCCGGUGGUCAUCCUCGAGGCUCCUAUUCACCUCUCCCUCACAUUCAUCGAGGAAAUGGCCUCAGGCCCUCUUGGCCUUGCAACAUUCCACAUUACAAUUUGUUGCCCGAGGGCUGUGGAAUCAAAGUGCCUGUGAGUGGUCUUUUAAAUGGAAAUGCUGGACAUCCUGCCCCGAGUCGCCAUUCAAGAGGAACCUCUACUGGUGACUGUCGGAACUCUGUGGAAAAGACUACUCAAGUAAAGACAGACCCUCUCCAGGCAAAAGCAUCACAUACCGUCAAGUCACCUGAAUCACCUCCCCUCCCACCUCCACUCCCUAUUAAGACUCGAGACCUCACAGCACAGGACUCAUCCCCUUUAAAUACCUCCCAAUCAGAGGAGAGCCCCUCCCAUUCUCCACCCGCAUUCUCCCGUAGCGGGACAGCAAGAGUCAGCUUCAGAGAACCAAUCAGCAGCAGCUAUUCUCUUGAUGAGGAAGAGGAUGAAGACGAGAAGGAAGAAGAGCCAACUGAGAAUGGAGACAUCACUCAGGAUGAAGAUGAUGUAAACGGAGGUUUUGGAAGCAGGUUGCAUCUCCAGAAAGGAAUCCCACCUCAGAUGGAUCUACUAGGAAAGUUUCUUUUUAUGGUUGUUGAAGCAGAUGGAUCCUCUUACCGCCAACGCAGUCUCCGCCGUGGUUGGAGUCAUUGCCGCGUUUCGUCUGACUCAAACCUUCACCCGACGUCAGACGCUCGCCUCCGACGCUCACAGGCCGACCGCCCUCGACUGGACGUUCUGGACCGUGACGAAAGAGAGAAGGAUGCCCACUCACUGGUCCUACAGCCGGGACGGCACAAACACGAAGACUCCUGCUCCACUUGCUCUUCAUCUUCAGACUCGGAGCAAGAGGGUUAUUUCCUUGGACAGCCGAUUCCUUUACCUCCCCAACUUCGGAAACAUCAAGUCAACGAGGAUAAAGACACAAAAGAAGAAGAAGAGCCAGUUCAGUGGGGACUGAGGGGGAGUAUCAGGCGGAGACGAGCUCACAGUCUUGGUGCUAAGGACAAGGAUAAAAACUGCACUGUCUCCUGACCUGGCUGCACGGUGGACGAGUGGUUAUCGCGCAUCUCCUUGUGCAUGUGCGGGUUUUCUCCGGGUGCUCCAGUUUCCUCCCAAAAACAUGCUAGGUUAAUUAGCGACUCUAAAUUGUCCAUAGGUAUGAAUGUGAGUGUGAAUGGUUGUUUGUCUAUAUGUGCCCUGUGAUUGGCUGGCCACCAGUCCAGGGUGUACCCCGCCUCUCGCCCGAAGACAGCUGGGAUAGGCUCCUGAAUGAAUGCCUCCUGAACGCAACACUGGAAAACAUCACACUGUAAUCACUGCACAGGAUUUACUGUAUGGCUAAUGGAUUCCAGCAAGCCAACAUUUUGUUAUUGUGUUGAAUAUUUCAUUCACCAUUAUGCCUUUUUAUAGAAAUAAAAACAAAUGGAUAAUAUUUUAGCGGACUUAUGUAUAAUUGAUACUUGAAUUUGAACAUAAUGUGUAAGAUUUGAAGUCAAUUAGGUCAUCAUCACAAACAUUUUCCAGCAGAAACUUGACAUGUUUUAAAUAUAUUUUAUGAUUUUUUUUUUUACUUUCUAAAGUUUUUACAAAUAUGCGUCAAGUAUCAACCAAACACCUCAUAAAUGGGACGUUAAAUAUAUUAUAUAGAGUACAUGCUUAGCUUGUCAUUUAUACUGAGGUCUGUAAUCAUUUACAGCUAGUCAAAAUCCUGGAAUAACAUGGUGCUAACUCUGGUAGUUACUCAAAAAAAGGAUAGUGAAAAACAAUAUAUAUACAGUAUGUGCAAAGGACUACUGCAAAGUGUUUUAUUAUCAUUGUACUUUGGUUGUUAAAUAAUUUAUAAUGAAUGUUGAAUGGGAAUUUUGGAAAUAAAUGUCUUCUGGU